GCUGCAGUGAGUCACUCCUGUCGGGGCACAAGRACGUAGUUCUCAGCCCCAGGAACCCGUGGGGUCCUUGAUGAGAGCCGAGCACRGGGCUCGAGUCUGCCCGUGUCGGGGUGCAGCAGACGAACCCGAUCCCCCCUGCCUUGCAGCCUGCGGGAGCCGCCCAGCCCUGCAGACCGCCAGCAGGAUCGUGGGGGGCUCCGACGCGGCCCGAGGGGAGUUUCCAUGGCAAGUCAGCCUGCGGGAGAACAACGAGCACUUCUGCGGCGCCACGAUCCUCACGAGGAAGUGGCUGGUGUCGGCCGCUCACUGCUUCACCGAGUUUCAGGACCCGACCCUGUGGGCAGCGUUCGCCGGGACCACGUCGCUCAGCAGCACAGACAGCAGCGCGGUGAAAAUGGGCAUCRCAAGGAUCAUCUCGCACCCCUCCUACAACGCAGACACGGCCGACUACGACGUGGCCGUGCUGGAGCUGAAGAGACCCUUGACCUUCUCCAAGUACAUCCAGCCCGCGUGCCUGCCCGCCGCCGGGCAUCGCUUCCCCGCGCGGAAGAAGUGUCUCAUCUCCGGCUGGGGCUACCUCAAGGAGGAUUUCCUGGUGAAGCCCGAGUUCCUGCAGAAAGCCACGGUGGAGCUGCUGGACCAGGCGCUGUGCUCCAGCCUCUACAACCACGCGCUCACGGACAGGAUGCUGUGUGCUGGCUACCUGGAGGGGAAAAUCGACUCCUGCCAGGGUGACUCAGGUGGACCGCUGGUUUGCGAAGAACCAUCCGGCAAGUUCUUCCUGGCGGGAAUCGUGAGCUGGGGAAUUGGAUGUGCUGAAGCUAGGCGGCCUGGGGUUUACAGCCGUGUUACCAAACUGAGAGACUGGAUCGUUGCUGCUAUUUCGGGCUUCCCCCACUCCGUAAGCCACAGCGUCCCCCUGGGACACCCCAGCACCAACAGCAGCACGGUGCCCCCCGAGGAUCUCGGCGACCCGGUCACUGCAGCAACGCCCAGCACCUCGGCAGCCCCGGCCGCCAGCAAGGCGGCCACCGCCUCCAGGCCACAAGAGUGUGGAGGACGACCUGGACUCUCCAAACCCAGCAAGAUAGUGGGAGGAACGGAUGCCUCCAGAGGAGAGAUCCCCUGGCAGGUCAGCCUGAAAGAAGACUCCAGGCAUUUCUGUGGAGCCACCAUAAUCGGGGAUCGCUGGCUGCUCUCGGCUGCUCACUGCUUCAAUCAGACAAUGCCAGAAGAAAUCGAAGCCUACAUGGGAACYACAUGGCUAAACGGAACAGAUGGUGACACGGUGAAAGUCAACGUAACACGAGUGAUCCAGCAUCCCCUCUUCAACCCUGUCAUUCUGGAUUUUGACGUUGCUUUAUUGGAGCUGGCAAGACCCCUUGUCUUCAACAAAUACAUCCAGCCCGUCUGUCUUCCACUUGCUGUGCAGAAGUUUCCCGUUGGCAAAAAGUGUGUGAUUUCUGGGUGGGGAGACACUCAGGAAGGCAAUGUCACCCAACCUGAGAGCCUGCAGAAAGCAUCCGUGGGCAUCAUAGACCAGGAGACCUGCAACUUGCUCUACAACUUCUCCCUCACGGACCGUAUGAUCUGCGCUGGCUUCCUGGAAGGGAAGGUGGACUCGUGCCAGGGAGAUUCUGGAGGGCCCCUGGCCUGUGAGGAAACCCCUGGCGUGUUCUACCUGGCUGGCAUCGUGAGCUGGGGAAUUGGCUGUGCCCAGCCUAAGAAACCCGGUGUCUACUCCAGAGUCAGCAAGUUCAAAGACUGGAUCCUGGAGACCAYGGCAGAGUUGUCCAGUCCUGGCACAGCCACUUGGUCCAGUUCAGCCAUCCCCGGAGCUUCCACUACAGCCACCCUCACCCAAGAGCCCAGCACAACCGCUAUGAGCCCGGUCAACAGAACCACCCUGUGGGUGAAGACCACCACAAGCAGGACAGAAACCACCGCAGCUCUGGAAACAACCGGGCCUGUCAACCCCACCCAAACCCCAGAGGUGCCUUGUACCGGCCUCACCUUCAAGUGCUCCAGCACAGUCUGCAUUGGAAAAGCAAAUCCCGAAUGCGACGGCGUUGCUGACUGCAGCAACGGCUCUGAUGAGCGCAACUGUGACUGUGGCUUAACUGCUGCUCUGGCCUUCAGCAAGAUCGUGGGCGGCAGCAGCGCAGCGCGGGGGGAAUGGCCGUGGCAGGCYAGCCUGUGGCUUCGGCACAAGGAGCACAAGUGCGGCGCUGUCCUCGUCGCGGACAGGUGGCUGCUCUCUGCAGCUCACUGCUUUGAUAUUUACAGCGACCCCAAAAUGUGGGUGGCCUUUCUAGGAACGCCCUUCCUGAAUGGCAWUGACGGGAAAGUGGAAAAAAUAUUCCGUAUCUACAAGCACCCUUUCUACAACGUCUACAGCCUGGACUACGACGUGGCGCUCCUGGAGCUCAGCGCCCCGCUCAAGUUCAGCAGCACCAUCAGACCUAUUUGUCUCCCCGAUAACUCCCACGUUUUCAAUGAAGGAGCCAGAUGCUUCAUCACAGGCUGGGGCUCCACAAAGGAGGGAGGUCUCAUGUCAAAGCACCUGCAAAAAGCAGCCGUGAACAUGAUCGGAGACCAGGCCUGCAAGAAGUUCUACCCCGUGCAGAUCAGCAGCAGGAUGGUGUGUGCAGGAUUCCCCCAAGGCACCGUCGACAGCUGCUCAGGCGAUGCUGGCGGCCCCUUGGCUUGUAAAGAACCCUCAGGGAGGUGGUUUCUAGCAGGAAUCACAAGCUGGGGCUAUGGCUGUGCCCGGCCCUACUUCCCUGGUGUCUACACCAAAGUCACAGCUGUCCAGAGUUGGAUCGCACAGAACCUCAAGCUCUGAAGCUG